AUGGAGAGCCAAGCAGACACCACCAGCUUAGUUCAGCGGUUUGUUCUUGACCGGUUGCUCAACCAGGACCAGAAUGACCGCCGUAUCUCGCUCCUCGGCUCUAUUGACCACCAACCGGCCAUUCUGCUCGCCGAACGCGCCGCCUUCCCAGUCGAUCAGACCUCCCUGGUCUCCUUUUGUGCCUCCCUCACCCACAUAUCCCACAUCAGUGCAAACGACAUCUACCACUGGGCCCUCGCUUGCUCGCCCUCCUCGCCCGACACGCCGGACGUGAAACUCACCCUCAUCUAUCCCUCCACGCCCCAGCAUGUCGCCAAGUAUUCAGUUCAGCCCGUGCGCAUGGUCACAGAGACACCAGCAAUUUACCAGGAACAUGUCCGUCCUUACAUGUCCGGUAAGCGUGAAGCCGGCCGCCUCAACUGGGUCUAUAACAUCAUCGAAGGGCGCAAGGAACAGGAGGAUGUCCUCUACCGCCACCAAGAUGAGGAGGAAGGGUUUCUGCUACUCCCAGACCUGAACUGGGAUCGUAAAACGAUGGGGACACUGCGACUACUGACACUCGUUCAGCGAAGGGAUAUCUGGAGCCUUCGUGACCUAAAGAAGAAGCAUGUGCCAUGGCUCAAGCAUAUGAGAGAACGCAUACUCGAUAGCGUGGUCAAGGUCUAUCCGUCAAUGGAACGAGACCAGGUCAAACUGUACGUUCACUAUCAGCCAACAUACUAUCAUUUCCACAUCCAUGUGGUCAAUGUCAUGCUCGAUGCAGGCAGCACACAGGCUACAGGCAAGGCGUUUGGACUAGAGAAUCUCAUAUCCCAGCUGGAGACUAUUGCGGGAGACGAAGAGGCAGGGAUGGCGGAUGUAGACCUUACCUACUAUCUGGGGGAGGCCAGCGAACUGUGGGUGAACGUAUUUGCGCCCCUGAAGAGUAAAUGA